UCACUAGUGUUAAAUAACAAGCCAAAGCCACUUGCUGGGAAUUCACGCUGAGUACCUAUACUUCGAAUUAAAAUUUAAGACUGAAAUGAAUAAUUAAAGCUGUCCAAAUGUUGAUGGUAACAUGAGAAAAUGAUAACAUUUGGCGCUGCAAGCAGUUCCACGGCCCUGGAGGACACUGGUGAAGUACGAAGUAUAUGCGAGAGUGUGUGCAGUGAUGGAUCUAACGCAACGGUACAGGCUGCGGGCGCUAAUGCGAGGCCCCGUAUGGAUAUUGCGUGUGUUGUGGAUAUUACACAAAGCACCAACCUAGGGCACAGGAAACGAGCUUUGGAAGAAGUCAGGUUGGCUGCUGAUCUCGUAAAUGGAAACCUACAUCAUAUCCAUUUUGAAAAAUUAGAUUUUGGAGAAACAAGUGUCCUGGAUACAUUCUACAAUGCUGAUGUGGCGCUGGUGGACCUCAGUAUGCAGGUGCAGCAGAGCUCGCUGCUGUAUCACCUGGGGGUUCGGGAGAGCUUCGACAUGAAGGAAAAUGUGCUGCUGUAUAAUGAUGUAGAUCCGGACUCCACACUACGGCUUAAGGCAUCGCUGCCUAACUUCCUGUUCGUGUCGUACAAGCUGACAGACGCGGGCACCUGCGUGACGACCAACCCCGCCGCCACCAAGUUCAAAGGAGAGGAGGCUGCCGAUCCCAAACAACAUCUGACGUUGCGGCUUAGGAAUAUACUGCAGGAUGUCGAAGUACAGACCAAAGCUCACCUCCAAGAGAAAUUCCUCUCAGACCUGCGCAAAGCCCGCGAACUAUACAGCGGCGCCGAGCUGGCCACGGUGCUGCACGCCAUGCGACGGCGGUUGGACGACCCGGCCGUGCUGUCCGGCGAUACUGUGCUUAACAUGCUCAUAUCCUACAGGGAGACGCAGGACUAUGACGCCAUAGUGCAGGUCGUCGACGAUCUCAAGACCGUCAUGAACAGGAAGAACUAUGUUAACAUGCCGGUUAUAAGGUUCCUGUAUGCGUUUGCUAUGAACAGGAGGAAUAAGGAAGGUGACAGAGAAAAUGCCCUAAAGGUGUGCGUGAAAGCUUUGGAGAAGAAAGAGAACCGUUUCCCCGACAUGCUCUGUUUGUGUGGCCGUAUUUAUAAGGACAAGUUUGUAGAAUCUCAACACACGGAUAUGGAGAGCUUGAAUAAUGCUAUACAUUGGUACAGACAAGGAUUUGAAGUUCAACCAAACGAAUAUGCAGGCAUAAAUUUGGCAACUUUGCUCGUCAUUGCCGGCAAUGACUUUAAGAAUUCUCAGGAGUUACAACAUAUUGGUAUGAUGCUAAACCAUCUAAUAGGCAAGAAAGGCAGCCUGUCAUCGCUCAAAGACUACUGGGACGUGGCCACGUUUUUCGAGAUCUCAGUGCUAGCGCAGGACUACGUGAAGGCCAUACAAGCGGCCGAGUGCAUGUUCAAACUCAAGCCGCCUAACUGGUAUCUGAAGAGCACGAUAGGGAACAUCGAACUUAUUGACAGGUUCAGGAAAAAAAGUGAAGAAUCUUCACCAGAACAACAAGUAUUUUCAUUUUGGAUGGAGUUUUUUUUUGAAGCUACUAAUACCGGCAGCUGUGAUAAUAUAAUCAGGUUUCCUGUUCUUAUCUUGGAGACCACAAAAGAGUUCAUGCCUUCUUACUUAAAUGUGAACAUGGGAGCGGAGCAGAAGUCCGUUGAAAUACUCAACCUCUGUCUGAGCUCCAUACGUGGGCAGUGUAGGCAAGUCCACCGGUGGCUCUUCACUUCUGACAUGAUUAGAAGCUACAGUUUGUACAAACGCGACGAGCGCUGUCUCUUUCUGUACGUGAGCGAGAACUCUGACGAUUUCCAAAUAUUCCUACCUUCUGAACCCUGCAGACAACGAUUGCAUGAUCUGUUGGGAGACCUGACGGCUGAUCACGAGAAGGUCACGGAUUUGGACACCACUGUGAUGCAAGAUCAGUUGAAAUUUGAAUACGAACUAGACGACUGCAACAAGCGCGUAGUGCUCGGCAAGGGCACGUACGGUGUAGUGUACGCGGCGCGCGACCUCAACACGCAAGUGCGCAUCGCCAUCAAGGAGAUCCCGGAGAAGAACCUCGGAGACGUGCAGCCGCUGCACGAGGAGAUCCUGCUGCACUCGCAGCUGCGCCACCGGAACAUAGUGCAGUACCUAGGAUCGAUAUCAGAAGACAACCUUUUUAAGAUAUUUAUGGAACAAGUCCCAGGAGGCUCAUUGUCCGCGCUGCUCCGUUCUAAAUGGGGACCUCUAAAGGAAAACGAAGCCACAAUCGCCUACUACACUAAGCAGAUUUUAGAAGGUCUAAAAUACCUCCACGAUCAAAAAAUAGUUCACCGCGACAUAAAAGGCGACAAUGUCCUAGUAAACACCUACAGUGGGGUCGUUAAGAUAUCGGACUUCGGGACGUCCAAGCGGCUGGCGGGCCUGUGUCCGUCCACCGAGACCUUCGCGGGCACGCUGCAGUACAUGGCGCCCGAGGUCAUAGACAAGGGGCAGAGAGGGUAUGGAGCGCCGGCGGACAUCUGGUCCCUUGGAUGUACGGUUGUAGAGAUGGCUACAGGAAAUCCACCUUUCAUUGAACUGGGAUCGCCGCAAGCAGCGGUUUUCAAGGUGGGAUAUUACAAAGUGCACCCAGAAAUCCCCAGUGAGUUGUCUCCUAGAGCCAAGAGUUUCAUAAAGCGGUGUUUCAUACCGGACCCUGAGAAUCGCGCCACGGCAUCUGAACUAUUAGAAGAUCCGUUCUUAUGCGAGAAAAAGAAGACAUCUAGUCGCCUAGGCAGUAAUGUAGACUAUAGCAGAAGCGUAUCCGUUCCUGCCGACAAAAUCCGGCCACCGCAGAAAAAGAUAUCCGAACCCUGUCUACCCGGCAAUCUGCCCAGUUCACCAGAAAUCGAGGUGAAAACGAUCCGGUCUAACCCGACCAUCACUAGGACGGCUUCGUCGAUGCUAUCACCGAUACUGAUAUACCCGCCGGACUUGUCAAAUAGCAGCACCAUGCCGAAUACACCGUCUACAGAUGAGAUGGACACGAGCGAUAGUCUGCUCAAUCGGCGGAGUUCCUCAGGGGGCUUGCUCUCACCCGAGGUGGACAUGACAACCGUCCAGCGCUCCUCCAUAGACGUGGAACAUGACGGUUUCUAUCUACUGAAGAAGGACUCGCAGCGCCGUCUCACACUGUCGCGGGUGCUAGAGCAGGACAGCGAACAAAUCUGCUCCAAGUGGAUGCACAGUAUUCAGCAAGAUUUUGGCAGCACAGUGCUUACAAUGAAUCAUUUGGAAACGCUUCGAUUAGCGUUAAAAGACUACAUAAUGGACCAGAACAGAAGCGUCAUCGAGCAAGCCAUAACGAGUCUGAAAGAAGAUUUGGAUUUUGACUCCAACGCCAUUAAUGAACUGAAUGCAGCCACGUACAUGUUCCAAGAGGCGGUGAAUGGGGUCCUGAGGAGUCACAGCAUCAAGCCUCAUUGGAUGUUCGCGCUUGACAACUUAGUGAGGAAUGCUGUGCAGGCUGCUAUUACUGUGUUAACGCCUGAGUUGGGAGCGAACCUCGCCGGGCAGGAGCACCGGCGCGGCGGCGGGCGCUCGCCCAGCGGCGCGGCCGACGUCGCCACGCCCUCCGCCAUGUCCACCGCCACCUCCACCAGGGACCACAGCUUGCUGCAGCUGCGCCAGGAGAACCAAAAAUUGCAUCAAGAACUACUGGAGAGUUACCAACAGUACCAAUCUUUACUCAGAGAAAUGUUGGAAGAGCAAAAACUACAAACACAAAUACUUCGAGACUUCGUCAAUAAAAACAGUCGUGAAGAAAAUCUAGACGUAACAGACGAAACCAAAUGCCCUACACCGUUACCUUCAAACAGCCCUGACUUAUCUCAACCAAUGUCUGUUAUUUCUGAAAGUGACGUCACGCCGUCGCCGCUUCGCGAUUGGUUGACGGAUCGAGGGGUGCCCGCGAGUGCUGCGCAGGUUUUGAUUGAUCAGGAGUUUACGUUGGAAGACUUGUUGCAACAUGUUCAAAAAGAGGAUUUGGCGAGGUUGAAUCUCAAAGGUGGCGUAGAGCUGCGUCUAUGGCGAGCUAUAGUAGAUCACCGCCAGCACAGGAAUGGCUCGGAGAGGCUGCGGCGAGUCAGCAGUACUGAGACUGACAUGGACAACAACUCCAUCGUCGUAGUUGAAUGUCAGAGAUGUAAGUCAACCCGGCGCACCAUGUCCAACAUGUCGAGCAACUCCUGCUCGAGCAACCCGACGGUGGUGAUCCGGCAGCAGGCCAACGGCGACGAGACGGUCGCCGAGUACUACCCCGACAACGGCGUCGGCAACCUUUGACAAUUACGUGGGUGGUGCACUCUGCAGUAGCGGGCUUCCACGCAGCGUCGAUGAU